CAUUUACAUUCCCACUUUACACUUUCAAGCUGGUAUUUUUAGUAAUGUUAGAAUUCCUCUGCAAAAACAGCUAAGGCCACAAUUUUCUUCACAGCUUGCAAAUGGGCUUUUCACUUAAUGUCUGCUGCAAGGUUAUUUUGCAAGUGGCAGCUAUUCAAAAUAAAGUGGCUUGGGUUAUUUAACAUCUGAUUGCUGCUAUGACUCAUUUCAGCAGCAGAAGAGUUCUUGGACACUGCUUCAGAAACUUGUCCCUGCUGCUUUAUAUUGUGAGAAGGCAUGUGGAUACAAGAUGUUUUCUCGGGGAAGUAGCUGAGGCUGGAACUGGGAAGCUGCCUUACUAUGGAUGAUAAUUGAAUUAGGGAUUAGCAGGAAGUAAAAAGUGAGGUAGUGGGGAGUUCUCCAGGAUCCACAGCCCCUCAUUUCGUGGAUAAAACAACACUUCUCCUAAACUCUGUUUAACUCAUGAGGAAGAUGGAUGGAGUGUCUUCAUCCCCAGAACUAGGCGUGAGCAGAGCGUGUGACAAAGUUAAGGAGAAAUGUCUAUUAAACGUCAGUCACAGCACAGAACAGUCACAGGACGUGGUUGGGCUCCUGGUGAGCAGCUCCAUGCGGCAAACCUUUAGCCAGCCUUUAUCUUUGCUCUCCAUUCCAUUCCAGAGCGCUGCCUGCCGAGGACGCGGCAGCAGCUCAGUGCAUCAGCGCUGCUUUACACCGCUGAGGUCCCUCACAUGCUCCGCGGCUGAGGUCGGCCAAGGGCAGCGCUCGGGUGAUUCUCGCCCUGGCAGGACGGCGUGGUUUCAUCUGACAGCAGCACACACAAAACACCACCAGGUCCUUUCUUACACUCGGUCCUUUGCCCAUCACGGUGCUGACACUGCCGCGCAGAACCGACCCAACAUCUCACCCCUGCCCGUUCCAGCGCGGCCGCUGCCUCUUUAAGAGCUGCCGCCCGCCCCCCCGCGCGCCUCUUCCCGCCGCGCUCAUUGGCCGCCCCAGACGCCGCUCCCCUCCAGUUCCUGUUUCGGCCACCUUACCUUGUUGACGCCAGUCUCUGCCUCCCUGGCCUCUGAUUGGUCCGCUCAGCCAAUGUUUGAGGCGGCGAUUGGCUCGCGCCCGCCCCGCCCCGCCCAGUUGAGGGCGAGUGCCGCCCUCUCCGGCCCGGCCCUUGUUGAUUGGCCGCGAGGGCGCGCCCCGCGCGCGGCGAUUGGCUGCGGCGCGAGCAGCAGGGUGGGCUGCGCGGGCGGGCAGUGGCGCGGAGGCGGCGGCGGGGCUGGCGCGGGGUGUCCGCCCGGCGGAGGAUGGUCCCGGCGCUGGGGCCGCCGCGCAGCGCGCCCGGCCCGACCGUUAUGGAUACAUGGGAAGAUUUUAACGGAGUAGAUGAAAAAUGGUGGUGGAUCCUGGAGGAGUCUGACAGCCGCAAAGAGAUAAUUAGGAUGCUCUCUUCUCCGAAACCAUGCCAGAGAUGACAGAGAAUGAGACACCUACUAAGAAGCAACAUCGAAAGAAAAACCGGGAGACACAUAAUGCAGUGGAGAGACAUCGAAAGAAGAAGAUUAAUGCUGGGAUAAACAGAAUUGGAGAACUUAUUCCCUGCUCUCCAGCACUUAAGCAGAGCAAGAACAUGAUCCUGGAUCAGGCUUUUAAGUAUAUAACAGAAAUGAAAAGACAGAAUGAUGAGCUUCUGUUAAAUGGAGGGAACAACGAGCAGGCUGAAGAGAUAAAAAAACUCCGGAAACAGCUGGACGAACUGCAAAAGGAAAACGGGAGAUACAUCGAGCUACUGAAAGCAAAUGACAUUUGCUUGUAUGAUGACCCUACAAUCCACUGGAAAGGAAACCUCAAAAACGCCAAGGUCUCAGUUGUUAUUCCCAGUGAUCAGGUUCAAAAGAACAUCAUUGUCUAUUCAAAUGGGACUCAACCCAAUGGAAAUAACCAGGGAGCAUCUGUGCAGGGAAUAACAUUUAAUGUUGGUCAUAAUUUACAAAAGCAAACAGCCAAUGUUGUGCCAGUUCAGAGAACUUGCAACCUAGUGACUCCUGUGACUAUUGCUGGUAUUUAUCCCACAGAAAAUAAGCCAUGGUCACAACCUACAGUUUCUCCACUGGCAUCCGCACAGACGGCUCCAGCAGGGAACGUUCUGGAGCUCACCACCACGGAGAACGAGCGAGGUGUGCCCACCGCUGCUCCUGCCAGCUCACAGAGCACACCUCGACCUGCAGCAGAACAGGAACUACAGUGCUCUUCAAAUAAUGCAUCUCAGAAUGAGCAAAAUCCACCCAAAAGUAAAAACAAUGAGGAGGGCGCCAAAUCAACAAAGAAAACACUCCCACAGGGAACCAGCCUUCCUUCCAGUGCCUCUGUGGAAACCUCCCAAGUUCAACAGGUGAAUGCGACUUGCUCAAACACACAGAAUUCCAGGAGUGACCUCCAGGAGAGCUGUGCCAUUUCAACCACAGACACAGCUUGUGUGCCACCUGAGAGACUGUCUGCUGCAGAGAGCUGCUCUUCUGCAAAUGUGCUCAAAAGUACGGACGUGGUCAGCAGUGCUGGGACGCCUGCGACGUCUGCAGCAGAAGGAGUUAAGGCUGUGACAGCAAUAAGCACUCUGGCUGCCAGUCCCCUGGAGAACUGCUGGUCUUUUUCAGGCUCUUCAGGUGUUGGCACUUCAGAGUUGAAAAACAUGAGUAGCCUUACCCGGAUGCCUUCAGCUGGGAACACACAGACCACGUGGACGACUUUGCAGCUGGCAGGAAACACUGUUCAGCCGCUGAGCCAGACACCCUCUGGGAUAAUGACUGCCCUCCUCAACGAGCCAGUCAAUGGUGCUGGGACUGUGUCUUCUGCCCACAGCAGGCCUUUGACUACAAGUAUCAGUUUGCAUGCUUCUCUGCCUGGGGAUGGCCAGGCAGCUGAACAGAUUGUAGUUACCUUGCCCUCGUGCCCACCUGUACCUAUACAGCCUUUAAUCAGCCAGCCACAGGUUAAAGCUCAGGCUGCAGGAAGUAUCCUUCCAUUAAACUCAGCUAUGCAGGUGAUUCAGAUGGCUCAGCCAGUUGCCUCAGCUGUGACAGGAGCACCAGCUAACCAGAAUGUCAUCAUUCUCCAGCCUCCAAACCCUGCUCCCUGCCCACCCAUUGUGAGAGCAGAAGUUCCCAGCCAAAAUGUUAGUCAGCAAAUUGUAAUUAUACAAGCUGCAAAUCAGAAUCCUCUUCCUCUCCUCUCUGCUCAGCCUUCUGCUUCUGUAAGAGUUCCCGUGAAUGGGCCGACUGCAGUCACCAACUCCAGCGGCUCCAUGCAAAAUGCCUCUCUUCCACAGACUUUUGGAGGGAAACACCUUGUCCAUAUAUUACCAAGGCCAUCUUCUUUGCCAUCUUCUAGCUCUACACAGACAUUUUCAGUGACCAUGUCCAGUCAACAGCACCCUCAGACUAUCUCAUUAAAUGGGCAGCUUUUUGCAUUGCAGCCUGUGAUGUCUUCAUCUGGAGCUUCAAACCAAGCCCCUAUGCAAAUUAUUCAGCCCACCACCAGCGAAGAUCCAAAUACCAAUGUUGCCCUCAAUACGUUUGGUGCUUUAGCUAACCUCAAUCAAAGCAUAUCGCAAAUGGCUGGACAGAGCUGCUUGCACUUGUCUCUCAGCCACCCCACCAAUCCUGCAACUGUCAAUAACCAGAUUGCCACAGUCAACUGCGUGUCAUUGCCAACUUCUGUGGCAUCUUCAGUGCCUGCAGAGGUUUCGGUAUUAACCAGUGCAUCUAAUUCCAUAAAUGCUUCCCCACAAAAAGCGGCUGCUGGCUUGCCAUCCGGUGCAAAAUCAAAAAGGACAAACAAAAAGCCAAGCACAAAGAAACACCAAGCAGUCAAUAAUAAAGUGUCCUGCCCAGCAGUUCCCUGCAAAGAUGCAGGGAAGGUGGACUGUGCUCCUGCAGAAGCAGUGGCAAAGCCUUCAAAUGGCGAAGGGCUGCCGGAAAACGCCCCAGCAGCGUCACAGGCUGUCACCACAUCGCAGGCGGGCGGCACGGCUGCACCGGGCGGGGUCAGCAUUUCUGACUCUCCUUCCAAAGAGACUGCGAGCUCCAAACAGGCAGUGAAAACCCCCUCUGCUCCAGAGCUGAGCUCGGCAGAGGUGCCUGCUUCCUCACCGCUGCAGUCUGUAGUGUCAGAGCAGCUGCUGCUCGCUCCACCACCAGCCAAAGAUGCUGCCCCUCGCCAGCAGGCCCAGGGAUCUCAGAGCCACCCACCGACUGCCUCUGUCUUGUCAGGGUCUCCCAAACCCUGCGAACCCCCCAACACCUUAACAUCCUCCCGUAAAGAAGGACAGGUGACACAUUUGCAGGUUGCAAAUGGGGCUUCAGCAGUACAGAGCAACACAGCAGGUCAUACUUCCAAGGCAGGAAUGAUUUCAGAGUCCUGCAACAUUGCGCAGGAUUCCUCAGUGGUAAUGCAAGAUGCAGACUUGUUAGAAGGACAGGGUCUAACAAAAAUGCUGUCUGAUCUCACAAAGGAAAGAACAGCUGUGGAAAAAAACUCUUCAUUUACUGUUCAGGGGGAGCAUUCUAAUUUUCCUAUGGAAAACUCUAAAUCAGCAGAAUCAAAUGUUGAUUUGCCUGAGAAGCAGGAACUCUUGCUGAUGAAUACGGAAAGUGACACUCUCUCCCAGUCUCACUCCUGCAUCUCUGAUCAGGAAGUAGUCAGUGCUUCCCUUAUCACUAGCAGGCAGGCAGACUCCCCCAUGUCAACCAGCUCUGGCAGCAGUCGAGGCUUCUCAGUGGCAUCUAUGUUGCCAGAUUCCACCAGAGAAGACGUCACAAGCAGCACCUCAACCAGUACCUGUAACAGCUGCACAUUUUCAGAACAGACUGACAUUGUAGCUCUUGCAGCGAGAGCUAUUUUUGACCAGGAAAGCCUUGAGAAAGGUGGAGGGGGAAUUCAGGUUAACACGAGGGAUGUCAUCUCUAAGUCUGAGGUUGCACCUUUGGAGAGAGAGCAACAGCCUUUUAAACCUCAGUCAGUGAAAGAAAACAACACAGGGCCUCUGGAAGCAGCACCGAACAAAUUCAGUGCUCGUGAAACAGUACAGACAAAUGUCGACAGGCAGGCUGAGAAGCCAAGUUGCUCUGUAGGAGGUGUGGAAACAUCAAACACUCCUUUGCAGAUUUCCACUUCCCAGACACCCAGCAUAACCAGUCUAAGUGUGAAUAAUCUGAUACACCAGAGCCGCAUUGUCCAUCCCCUGGUGAGUUGCUCGGGUUUAUCCCAGUCUUCAGAGCCUGCAAGUGUCCCUGCAACUGUGAGCCUCUCCCUUCCAUCUAGCACAUACAUCAAUCCGUCUCCAGGACCUGUUCUGAUGAGUGAAUAUUCUCAGGAACAACUGAAUGCUAUCAGGGCAAGCACCAUGCAGGCUCCCCAGCUGCAGGAAUCACACUUAAAGCAGCAAAACCAUGAAGGUCGCAAAGACUCUGCCAAGAGGGCCGUUCAGGAUGACCUUCUGCUUUCCACAGCAAAGAGGCAAAAGCAGUGCCAGACAGCACCCAUAAGGCUUGAGGGGAUGGCCCUGAUGAACCGAACACCAGAGGGUAUUGCUGAUCAGACACAGAUGCUGGUUGGACAGAUUCCUCCUAAUUCAUCCAAUUCAGUGGCACCAGUGAGCAAUCAAGGGCACGCUGAUGGCCUCAAUAGGUUAUUCCCACCUAACAGCAAUUUCGUAACGCCGGCUUUGAGACAAACUGAAGUUCAGUGUGGUUCUCAGCCACCACUUUCCGAGCAGCCAGGCCAGGCAGGGCAGCACUUGCAGCCAAUUCAACAUGUCCCUGGCCAAGGCAUCUCUCACCUUCACAGUAAUCACCCGUACCUGAAGCAGCAGCAGGCGGGGCAGUUGAGAGACAGGCACCACUUGUACCAGCUGCAGCACCACGUCACUCACGGGGAAAACUCAGUCCACUCUCAACCCCACAGUGUUCACCAACAGCGAACGAUACAGCAGGAGGUGCAGAUGCAAAAGAAACGAAAUCUCAUCCAGGGAACGCAAGCCACACAGCUUUCUCUGCAGCAAAAACACCAUGGAAGUGAUCAAACACGGCAGAAAGGUGGUCAGCCCCAUCCUCACCACCAACAAAUGCAGCAGCAGAUGCAGCAGCACUUUGGAGCUUCUCAGCCUGAAAAGAACUGUGAAAAUCCUGCUACAAGCAGAAACCACCAUAACCACCCUCAGAGCCAUAUCAAUCAGGAUAUUAUGCAUCAACAGCAACAGGAUGUUGGCAGCAGACAGCAAGGUUCCACUUCAGAACACGUGUCAGGGCACAAUCAGAUGCAAAGACUUAUGACUUCAAGGGGCUUAGAGCAGCAAAUGGUGUCCCAGGCCAGUAUCGUAACCAGACCAUCAGAUAUGACAUGCACCCCUCACAGGCAGGAAAGAAACAGAGUUUCCAGCUACUCUGCUGAGGCUCUCAUUGGGAAGACACCCUCUAAUUCGGAGCAGAGAAUAGGGAUAUCUCUCCAAGGCCCUAGGGUUUCUGACCAGCUUGAAAUGAGAAGCUAUCUAGAUGUUUCUAGAAGUAAAGGGUUGGCGAUUCAUAAUAUGCAGGGCCGCUUGUCGGUCGACCAUACAGUUGGCUCAGAUGUGCAGCGUCUUUCUGACUGCCAGACAUUUAAGCCCUCUGGACCCAAUCAACAACCGACAGGCAAUUUCGAUGUGCAGGCUUCAAGAAACAGUGAAAUUGGCAAUUCUGUGUCAUCCCUCCGGGGCAUGCAGUCACAAGCGUUCCGAAUCGGUCAGAAUGCUGCGCCAUCCAUAGAGAGGCAGAAGAGACUGCCCUACCAGCCACUACAGGGUAUUCCAACCGGGAAUACCCUGCCAUCAAGGGAAAAUGAGAACACGUGCCACCAAAGUUUCAUGCAGAGUUUGCUCGCCCCUCACCUUGGAGAUCAAGUCAGUGGAAGCCAAAGGUCAAUCCCAGAACAUCAAAGGAACACGCAGUGUGGUGCCUCCUCCACAAUCGAGUACAACUGUCCCCCAGCACGGGAGAGUGUCCACAUCCGAAGGGAUGGUGAUGGCCAGAGCAGGGAAAGCUGUGACAUGUCCAUUGGAGCAAUUAACACAAGGAACACUUCACUGACUAUUCCUUUUUCGAGUUCUUCUUCCUCAGGAGACAUUCAGGGUCGCAAUACAAGCCCAAACAUCUCUGUGCAGAAGUCCAACCCCAUGAGGAUGUCGGACAGUCAUGGAACUAAGAACCAUAUGAAUACACCCGUUUCCAGCAAUAUGCAUGGAGUUGUGAGGCCAACUCACCCUCACCCUGCAGUGUCUCAUGGGAAUGGCGAGCAAGGGCAGCCUUCUGUUCGUCAGCCCAAUUCUUCGGUCACUCAGCGCUCGAGGCAUCCUCUGCAAGACAAUGGAGGUUCUAAAAUACGUCAGCCCGAAAGGAAUCGAUCAGGAAAUCAGAGACAUGGAAAUGUCUUUGACCCUAGUCUUCCCCAUCUUCCUCUGUCCACCAGUGGCAGCAUGAUCCUUGGGCGCCAACAGUCCACGAUAGAAAAAAGAGGAAGCAUUGUCCGAUUUAUGUCUGAUGGCCCUCAAGUGUCCAACGAUAAUGCGGCCCCUGACCAACAUACUCUCUCCCAGAAUUUUGGAUUCCCUUUUAUUCCGGAGGGUGGCAUGAAUCCACCAAUAAAUGCUAAUGCUUCUUUCAUCCCACCAGUCACUCAGCCUAGUGCCACUCGGACACCAGCUCUAAUCCCAGUUGAUCCUCAGAAUACACUGCCAUCCUUCUAUCCACCUUACUCUCCUGCCCACCCUACCCUCUCCAAUGACAUUUCUAUCCCUUACUUUCCCAAUCAAAUGUUUCCAAACCCAAGCGCGGAGAAGCCGAGCAGUGGAGGUUUAAACAAUCGAUUUGGAUCCAUUUUGUCUCCUCCCAGGCCUGUUGGUUUUGCUCAGCCAAGUUUUCCUUUGCUUCCAGAUAUGCCACCAAUGCACAUGACUAACACAUCUCACUUAUCCAAUUUUAACUUAACUUCUUUGUUUCCAGAAAUAGCCACAGCUCUUCCUCCAGAUGGCUCAGCAAUGUCGCCUUUGCUUUCCAUUGCAAACACAUCUGCUUCAGACUCUUCCAAGCAGCCCUCAAACCGCCCUGCCCACAAUAUAAGCCAUAUUUUAGGUCAUGACUGCAGCUCAGCUGUAUGAAAACCGGCAGACUGACUUCUGGUCUGAUGUGUUGUUUAUAUAUUUAAGAAGAAGGAAGCAGAUCUUACCUGGAGACACCAUUCAUCGCAUCACUGUUUAUUUGCCUAAAUGUAUGUAUGUGGUACUUUCCAUAUUUAAAUACACAUCAUAUUUCCACCCACCUUACUAACUCUAAAGCACCAGUGCCUAUAGCAAUGCUUACUUACUAGGAAAUGGUAAGGAUGCAAUAUUGAGAGCUGUGCAAAUAUUGGUUGUUGAUUUUCCAACAAUCAAGUUUGAUGUCCAGUUGUCCCAAGGUGAGGGCCGCCUUCAGUAAUUCAUGGAGUGAGAGCAUCUGUAUGGGACAUAGGAAACAAGUGCUACAGGUGGUGGUUUGUUCCUGAUGUGUUUACCUGAAACUGCAUAGGAGCUUGGAAUGGUUUGGGUUUCUCUUUUUCCUUUGUAAAAUAUCUUCAGGAGCUCCAACACAAGUCAAGUCUGUGUUAACCCAGUGCUGAUUGGAAAAGACCUUUGUUGUGCAGCUUUUGUCUGUCAAGCUUGUCACAUGCACUUGACUUAAGGCUGACUUUACCUGGUGAAAAUUACUGUGUGCUCCCAUGGUAAGCAAUUAAAAAUACUGUUUUAGAAAAUUUAGAUUUCUUUAACCCAUGACUUUCUGUUUCCUAGAAUCGUGUUUGGAUCUGUUUCAACAGUGGCUUCAGUUACUGCUGAACUCAGUCAGUGUUUCAGUGUAGCUCACAACUCCUGGUGCAGUCAGCAGAGACAGCAGCAAUGUUUGUUGCCAUUUCAUUGUUGAUUGCUGCAAGUUACCUCAGGGUGGGUUUUGUACUUUGUUUAGCACCUUCUGAAUGUCUUUUCCCCCCCCCCCCCCUACUUUCUUUGGCCCAUGCUCUAACACCAGCUUUCUGCUUUCUGUGAGUGACGGUCCUUUGUUGUACCAGGCAGCACAUAGGAAGAGGACUGAGCCUGUCACAUCCCACAAAAUGAGUGGAGAUUUCUGGGGGCACAGUUUUUACUUGAUAUUGCUAAUAGGAUUGAGCCUGAGUUAAUAUCAGUACUCUGCACUUGAAUGCACCUUUUAUCUAAACCUGUGUGAUUGCGGCUGAAGGAGGAAUAUGGAUGAACAUGGAUGGGUUGAAGGUGAAAUACACAGGAAGACAUUGGAAUUUGAAGAAGGAUGAUGUGUUUGUAGAUGCAUGAGAGAUGGAGUGAAUGUGUGUGUGCUGGCUGAGUUUCCAGUACUUUCACAAAUUUGGUUCUAAUUCUUUUGAAAGAAAGGGAAGAAUUAGGUAAAUUUUAUUUAUUUAAUGUCUCUGCAGUGUGCUUUUUCUUCAAACAGGGCAGAAAUAUUUGUCUUUUAUGUGUUUGGAUGUACCAUUCUGGGUUUGAUUCUUCAAACACCAUAAUAACUUUAGGUUCCCUGGCAUGCAGUCAUCCUCUGCUUGUGCAUUGCUCACCAGUGCAUCAUCUUGUUGCUCCUGGGACCUGUCAGAAGCUUCUGGUGAGGACAGGGACAGGAGCAGGCUCCCUGCGAUAUUUAAUUUUGUUUCUUUUUCUGUGAAAGAGGGAAAGAUGUUCCUCCAUGUCCACGAACAGGACCCACAAAGAGGUACCUAGAACAGUUUUCCACAGCUUGACUGCCCAGACUUUAGUUUUGCUAAGCCCUUUUACACUGAUCCAGGAAAGUAAGGAGGCUUUAACAUCAAAAAUAAUUGGGCUGUGUCUGUAGUUUGUCCUCACAAUGUCUCUGCUCUUGUAACCUGUGGUCUGGUGUUGUCCUGCAGGUGAAGUAAAACAGUUCUGAUCCUGGUUGGGAUUCAUAGAAUGAACUAGGUUGGAAAAUACCUUUGAGAUCAUCAAGUCCACCUAUGAUCUAACCUAACACCUCCUCAUCAACUAAACCAUGACACUGAAUGCCAUGUCCAGUCUUUUUUUAAACAUGUCCAGGGAUGGUGACUCCAACCACCUCCCUGGGCAGACAGUUCCAUUGCCAAAUCAAUCUUUCAGUGAAUAAUUUUUUUCUGACAUCUAACCUGAACUUCCCCUGGUGUAGCUUGAGGUUGUGUCCUCUCAUUCUGUCAGUGGUUGCCUGGGAGAAGAGACUGACCCCACCUGACUACAGCCACCUUUCAGGAAGUUGUAGAGAGUCAUAAUGCUUCCCCUGAGCCUUCUUUUCUCCAGGCUAAACAACCCCAGCUCCCUCAGUCAUUCCUCACAGGGCUUGUAUUCCAAGCCCCUCUCCAGCCUCGUUGCCUCCUCUGGAUGUGCUCAAGGGUCUCAGCGUCCUUCCUAAACUGAGGGGCCCAGAACUGGACACAGCAGUCGAGGUGUGGCCUCAGCAGAUACAGGCCAGGAUGUCAUUUGCCUUCUUGGCCACCAGGGCACACUGCUGGCUCAUGUUCAGUCAGCUGUCAAACAGUACCCCCAGGUGUCUUUCUGCCUGGAAUCAUGAUUUAAUUCAGGUGGAGCUUAUCUUAAGACACUAAGUGGUGCAUCAGUUCUCUGUUUCUUAUAAGUAAUUGAGUAUUUCAGUUCACAGCAAGGCAGUUUCUCUCUGCCACAGUGCAGUCACCACAUGCAGGAGUCAGGAAUGGGUCAGUUCUCAACCUCAAACUAGCUAAGCCAACUGCAGGUCUGGGUGUGCCCUGGUGAGACUCGAACAAAGGCGUGUCUGUAGUGCAGGAGGUGUCAAAGGGUCUGCCUCAGGUGGUGCGUUCCAUGACAAUGACUGUUCCAUGGGUUCUGGAUGGUAAGGAUGGGGAUUGAAGCAGCAAAAACUCUGUGUAUGACACACUUGUCUGGCCUUUGAGGAGGGAAGUAAACGCCCCCAUUCUUGUUCUCUUUAAAUGGGAUUGUGCGUGCAGCAAUGGGUUUGGCUUUCCAGACAAACUAAUAAAAAAUUAAGCCCUGGCUUCUAGGACUUUAUAUAAGGAUGCUAAUCCUGCUCAUCAUUCCAGACAUUCACAGAAAACCGUUCCCUCUGCUGGGAAAACUAUACUACUUUAUGAUGUCUAUGAAAACUGGAGAGAGCAUAUAAACUUAAAGCUGUUGCAAUGCUUGAAUGUCCACAGAUCCACUUGACCAGAUAGGAUUCAUCCCAGAGUACUGAUGGAGCAAGCAGGACAUACAGCAGGAUCCUGCUCGAUCAUCUACAAAAGGCCUAGGAUCUGGACAGGUCCCUGCUGACAGGAAGGUAGCCAGUGUUGUUCCAGUCUACAGAAAGGGCAUGAGGGAAGAAUACAGAGAACUACAGACUGUGAGAGUCUUGAGUUCCUGGAAAAAUUGUGAAUAUUAUACUGGGUACUGUUGAAAGGAGUUUAAGGAGUAAUGCAGCCAUCAGACACAGGCAGCAUGAGAUCACAAAGCUGAAGUGCUGUCUAGGUAAUUUGAUACUCUUCUGUGAUAAGGUCACCCACCUAGUGGGUGAAGGGAAGGCAGUAGAUGUAAUUUUUCUGCAUUUUAGUAAUGCUUUGGAUACUGUCCCUUACAGCAUCUGGACAAGCUGCUCAGCUGGGGGAUUAAUAAGUUCAUGGUGUGCUGGGUGAAGAACUGGCUGAAGGGCAGAGCUCAAAGGACUUAGAGUCAAUGGGGCUGAGUCUGGCUGGCACCUGGUGACCAGCAGUGUUGCUUUGGGCUCAGUUCCAGGGCCAGUUCUAUCCAGUAUAUUUAUCACUGAUCUGGAUACAGGAGUUGAACACAUUGGCAAGCUUGCUGAUGAUACCAAAUUUGGAGGUGCUGUUGACAUGUGCUUUGGAGAGGGAUCUGGAUAGCCAGUCUCCUCGCUCUCUGCAGCUCCCUGACAGGGGAAGUGCAGAGGGAGGUGCUGAUCUCUUCUCCCUGGGGUCCACUGGCAGGACACAUGGGAAUGGCUCAAAGGGGCACUAAAGGAGGUUCAGACUGGACAUUGGAAAGCAUUUCUUUACCAGGAGGAUGGUCAGACACUGGAACAGGCUUGCUAGAAGGGUAGUUGAUGCCUCAAGCAUGUUUAAGAGGCAUUUGGACAACAUGCUCAGUCCUGAAGUGGACGGAGGCACUCCAGGCAGCUGGAGUGGAUGAUCAUUAUAGGUCCCUUUCAACUGAAAUACCUGUUUUCUUAUUCCUCCGUAUUUACUGCUGUUGUCUCAAAGUUAAAUGCAGUCCUGAGUCGUCACAAUAGAAUAUGUCAACUGUGAUUUUAUUUGGGAUUUUUUAUGCUGCACAUCAUUUUCUGAAGAGGCAGUAACUGUCAGUAACUUUCACAACUCCCCUUUCUGUUACAAAGACAACCAAAACCAGCUCCUUCUCGCUCACAGGAUGCCUGCAGUGCAGGGAAUCACAGCACAGGCAUUUCAGCCAUACAAAGACUGUUGGGAUUUCACAGGACCUGCACAAUUUUGCAGGACCUGCACAAUUUUGCAGUGUGUGGCUGAGAAUUACUUACUGUGUGAGCUCUGGUCUUUGGAGGAUUGUAUUUUGUUGUGACAGGGCACUUUGUCAUCCUUCUCAGGCCUCUUUCUGAAACCUGAUGAGACCAGGAUGGAGAAAUAUCAUUUCAUUCCCCUCCCUGAAUGUGGCAAUUUCUGUUGAAGUUCUGAGUCUCUUUACAUGCUGUAAGUGAUGCUAAAUGGUCCCAUGGCGUCGGUGUGGGAUCAGGAGACUGCUGUGACAAGAAAGGUAGGCAGACCUCUCUGUGAGGGCCUCGUAUCAAGACAUUCAUCCAAAUUCUGAUAUUUACACUGCUGACUGUCCUCUAGAUAACUUUAAUUACUUUCAACUUUAAUUGGAUCUGUUGUGUAGCCUUUUGGUGUAACUGACUGCCCAAGAUGGGCUUUCAGUGUUGAACCUGGCCUGGUCCUGUGGUCUGAGAGCAGCUUGUGGGUUUCAGCUUCUCUCAUGUUCAUGCUUUUUUGCCUUUAGGAGGAACAGUGAGGGACGGGAUAUUUCACAUCAAAAGAGAGGAAAUUAGAUGUUAAAUUUCUGUUAGUUUUUAAUUAUUAAAUUGUUUGGUGGUUUCCUUGUCACUGUAAACUAAUCCCACCUGCCAUUCCCUAUCCACCAGGCUUCUUGCACUUAGUCUUGUAUGUCAGUUUGUGGCACUGACAUGUCGGUGUCUCAGUCCUGCCCCAGGAAGGACUUUCCCCAGGCUCUGCUCACAGGAAGAGGAGCAAAUGCAACAUCUUACAAGUCCUUUUCAGUUUUCCUUUCCUCUCCCAUUGAACCUGUUGUACUUAGCUGUCAGGUUGAUAAGGCUCACCUUACCUUGAUCUGUGCUUGGAGAGGGCAGUUUGAAAAAGGAGCUUCUGCAGAUGGAAUGAUUCUGCUUUACUUAUUAUGAAAACCACUUGACAAAUACAUUUUCUUCAGCAAGCAUUGAUGACAUUGCUUGUCAAAACAUGACAGUUUUCUUUUCCUCCUGAGGACUACCCAGCAAUUAACAGUUCCUUUGUUUUUCAAUAUAUACUUGGGAAAGAUUUUAAGGUUUAGCUGCAGUUUGUUAGCCUGAGAAUGGCAUUUUCUCUUUCAUAAUACUUUUUCUGAAGAUUGCUUACACAGGUCUUUUUGCUUUGAUGGAAGGAAAAAUACCCAGUACUGCUUAAUUUAGAAAAACCAGCAGUGUAAGGGAAAGGCUGGGCACAGCUGGGGUGGGACUGCCACAGCAGACAGGCAUUUCAGCUUGGCCUAAAUGACUUCAACAAACACUAGUAAGUAAUAUUGGGCUGGAUUGCAUGUAUGUCAGUGUAGUCCAUAUUAAUCUCUUAAACAGCCUAGAAGAUUAAGAGCAGAGACAGCCUAAUAUGAAAGCAGGCAAUAAAACAGGAAUGUGUUAAUAUUUAUAUACAUUUUUCUUGAAAGGACCCCAUUUAGGAACAGUUAAAGAAAACAAGAACUGAAGUGAUUUGAGCUGGGGGCUGAGCCUUACUGGAAUGGGUUUUCCAGCUCAUGCUUCCAUCUUGUCACUGUGCUGCUGCCCAGCUGGGAGAGCACCUCCCUGAAAAAAAAAGCACGGUGCUAGUCUCAGCCUCCAGAACUUUGCACAGAUUUCCUACUGCACUUUAAAGCUGUGCUGCUGCUGCUGCUACUGUGGUUGGUGUCUGUAGUGCUGUUGCAGGAAACAAGUCAUGUGGCAGGGCAACUUGCAGAGAGCAUGGCUGGAGAAGAAGGGCCAUUUAAUUAUUUCUGGUCUCCUGUUGUCUUUUCACCUUUUCUGAGGUACUUGUGCAGUCCUGGCUUAAGGACUCAGUCAGACUCCCGCUGUUUGUGGAUGACUGAUUGUGCUAAGAGCUGUCAUCUUUUGCUGUUCCCUUCGUAAGUUUGAUGCUCAUCACUUUAAUAAUGAUCCCAUUUCCCUGGCAAAACAGAGUAGCAUUGAAUCUGUCUAUACCAGGUCAUUCAUAGUUGUUUUGUUUUCUGAUACAGUGCUAUAAGGAGAUCCAUUCUUUGCUAUCACCUGACCUGUUACCACCUACUGCUGUUCCCUUCUCCCACUGCCAUGAUCCAGCAUGGGUUGCAGACACAGGUUUGUGUGAGGGUGUUUUCAAUUUCCUACUGCCUCUGUAAUCUGUAAAUUGGAAACCUCAGAGCACCAAGGCUUUAUUCCCACUGAGAGGAGGUUGCUCUGUGAACUGGUGAGAUUUAGCAGAGGUUUUUUGUCCUGACAACACAAAUUCAUACUCUCUGCGAGCAAGCCCUGCUUAGUUACACAGACACCAUUUAUUAUUUGCUGAUACCAGUUUUUAUGAGAUAAUUUUUUUAAAAAAAGGCGCCUUUUUUUCUGCCUCACCAGAAGUAUCUUUAUGAGAAGGUUUCCAAGUCUGCAAUAUGUGCUGCUGUUCUGGCAGUCACAAAUGUGAAACAACAGAGCUCGUGAGGGUUUGCACCCUGUUCCUGCCUGCUCACUGUGAGAAGGGAAGCAAGUAUGGAUUUUGCCACAGGAGAUUAAUCAAAGAUGCUGUUGCCCUCCACAAUGUAAAUUAUUUAUAUUCAGUCCAGAGUAUUCUGCUGUGCUUCUGUUUUAUACAGCUGUAAAUGACUUGGAUACAGUCCCAGUGGAAAGUCCUUACUAUUUUGUAAUGGAAAAUAGGAACUCUGCAGUAGAAAUCUAUAAUGAAUGAACAGGAACAUCAUCUUCCAAUUGUAAAUAAGAUCUUGCUCUGUUUAUUUUGACAUCUUUUUACAAACGUGUUGCAUUCAGGUGUAAAUAUCCCAAACCAUGAUCUUGUUCAGAGUUCUGAGAUUUCUAUUGUUAAAUGUAAUACUUUGUUUAAUAGUUGUAAUAAUUAUUUGUAUAGAUAUGAACAUGAUAGUAUUUUAUUAAAAAAAGAGAAAAACA